UAUCAUUGAACACUUGAAUGGUAAUGUUUUUAUAAAAUUUAUUAACACAAUAUAAGUGAAGCUCCAUCACUCGAGCGAAGGCAAACCGUACAAUUACAAUUCACAAGCAAACUUGUAUCACUGACCGAGUUAGAGUAUCGCAAACCGGUCGUCUUACAAAAAUAUUCUUACCAUUGAAUGAGUGUCUAAAAAAUGGCAUCGAUAAAGUGUUUUUUAAUCGUGGCACUGCUCUCAUUCUGCGUUGAAAGUAAAGUCUCCACACCUCUUAUAAAAAAUAUACAUCAAGGAGGAGUUCUUUCUGAAAGUCCACUUUGGGUGAACGAAGAAGGUGCGCUUUACUGGGCCGACAUUCUAUCGCAGAAAAUUUUCAGACUGGAAAUAGAUACUGGCAAUGUCACAAGCAAAUACAUCGGAUAUGGCCCCGUAAGCUUAAUUAUAAGGGUUAAAGAUUAUCCAAAAUUACUUUUGAUAUCAGUCAGAAGUGAACUUUACUUUCUGAAUUGGGAUAAUUUUGAAGGAGACAAAUCUUUGAGACUCCUCACAGCUGUGGACCUCGGCCAUCCUGAUAAUAGAUGCAAUGAUGGCAAGGUCGACGCGAAAGGAAGAUUAUGGUUUGGUACUAUUGGAAAGGAAUCAGGGAGCUGGCACGAAAAAGACGCGGCCUCUGUAUAUAUGCUAACGGAAAACAACUUCAGAAAUCCGGAAAUUAAAAUCCGUCCAGUCUCUAUUUCAAAUGGAAUUGCUUGGAGUUCGGAUAACAAGUACAUGAUGUACAUAGAUUCAAGUGCUCGGGCGAUUUCCGUGUAUGAUUUUGAUUUGGAAACGGGAAAAAUUGAAAAUGGCAGAACAUUAUUCAGCUUUCCAGCAAAUAAUCUGACAGGUUCUCCAGAUGGAAUGACAAUUGACAGGGAUGAUAAUCUGUGGGUAGCUUGCUUUAAUGACGGCAAGGUGAUAAAAGUCGAUCCAAGAGCCGGUAAGCUACUCGAGCAGCACAGACUACCUGCAACCAAAAUCACUUCUGUGAUGUGGGGAGGUUACGAUUACUCCACUUUGUACGUUACCAGCGCCAGUAAGGAUUUGACAGGCAGCGAAUUAGCUCAACAACCGGAAGCUGGUUCCGUUUUCGCUAUAACCGGCACAGGUUCUUCCGGUUACCCCAUGAACGAGUUUAUUUUUAAAGACGCUGACAAAUAUUGAUUGUUCAUCAUUAUUCAAACAUUUUAUACUAAAUAAGUUCUUAAGUUAUUAUAUAGCAUUAGUUAAUUUUUAAUUUUAGGAAAAAUCUCCGUUUGAUUAAUUCAUUUUUAUUUUAUUAAACGUCAUAUAUUUUCAAUGCAAAUUUGCUUAUACAUGUAGUAAAUCACUUAUCAGA